UGAACAAAUUGUGAACGAAACUUCUUUGCACGUGCAUCAAAAUAUUCGAACAUUAGUCAAAAGUUAUAAAUCAUAAAAAAUGUCGCAACUGAUAGUAAAAAAUUUACCUAAGAGCAUACGAAGUUGAGAGAACUCUUCAGUCAAAAAGGUUUAGUGACCGACGUACAAGUAAAAUAUACGAAAGAUGGCAAAUUUAGAAGAUUUGCCUUCAUCGGGUUUAAAACAGAAGAACAACCUGCGGCGGCUAAAGAAUAUUAUGGUCUUGGAAUGGGCUCAAGCCUGCUCAAGCCGAAGACGGCGUGGAACCAGGGGUCUCGGAAUUUAUCCCUCGGCCGGAAAGUGGGGACGACGCGACCAUCGUGGGGACCAAUAGUUGGUGGGGGUAUGCAGUGACUUUCACGGUAGCGAACGCGCUUGAGCACGCAUGAGGGGAAUAGUAGUAGGGAUCGAAAUACGGGCGAAAAACAGGGGAAGCGAGCCGUGCGGGAUAAAUUCCGAGACCCCUGCGUGGAACAUAUCAGAAAGCGAACCGCGAAACACUUUUACUAAGAUGAAUCAGCCAAGAAGAGCAAGAAGGCUACAUUGAACCCUGAAGACGUUGGCUUGAAGGAAGUAUUAUAAGAUUUUGAAGAUCCAGUGCCGGGAUGCAGGGGUCUCAGAAUUUAUUCCGCACGGCUCGCUUCCCCUCUUUUUCGCCCGUAUUUCGAUUCCCACUACUAUUCUCCUCAUGCGCCUUCACGAAGUGAACCUAUCAAGUACCCAUCCCCACCAUGGUCGCGUUGUCCCCACUUUCCGGCCGAGGGAUAAAUUCUGAGACCCCUGCCGGGAUGGUGGAAUAAUGAAUCACUAGAACUAGGGACCUGUGGUGAAAGAGUCCACAAAAUUUUGGAGCUGGCGCCAUCUAGCGUCCGCGGCCGCGAACCCGCUUGACUGCAAUAUUGCCGUAGAAAUAAUAUGAAUAUCGAUUAUGAAGAGGCUAUUUAUUAUUUAUUAUAGAAAAUCGCAAUCACGGUCGUGAUUGAGUAUAAUCACGACUCGUGAUCGUGAUUUUGUGAUCACCGUGAAAAAUCAUGGUUAGUGCCAUUUUGAACGCGAUCUCUAAAUAUACAGAUUUUUAUCAGGGGCAGGCUUACCCCGGGCUUCGCUAUCUCUGGGAACGGCUUCGCGUGACACACUGUACACAAUUUGAUGUAUUUGAUGUGUCAGAUGCAUAAUAAUAGGUUUUUCUUAUUAUAUUUAAGUGCGUUUAUUAAAUACAAAGAUGUAUCGUACAACAUGACUUGAAAAACAACAGUUUUGUACGAAUUUUGGAAAGAGCGUGACGUAUAAAACGCGUUUAUUACAAUGGGUAAUUGUAUACGAAGCGUACUCAGGAGGUUACAAAGGAAAAGAUGUUCCGAAAAGACUAUCAUUUUGCUCAUCGUCGGUCUUGACAAUGCGGGAAAGACCACGAUCCUGAAUCAAAUAAACGGCGAUUCAGACGAGACCGUGUUGCCUACAAUGGGUUUCCACACGGUGUCUAUGAAAUAUAAAUCAUAUACCGUAAAGAUUUACGAUAUCGGCGGCAGUUCUCAGAUCAGAUCGUUGUGGCCAAAAUAUUAUAACGGUAUACAUGGUCUUAUAUAUGUGGUGGAUGCUAGUGAUAUUUCCCGUCUUACAGAAAAUAAAGUUGUAUUUGGUGAACUAAUUUCACAUGAAUAUAUUUCAGGAAAGCCAUUGUUGUUGCUGGCGAACAAACAAGAUGUAAACGGAGCGAUUGAUGAAUUAGAUGUUGUCGAGAACUUGGAUGUAGAACGCGCGGCUAAUACUAUGAAAUGCCCUACGAGAGUGGAAAUAUGUUCUUGCCUGUGGAAAGGAGACGAAUCGAAAGAUAAUACGAUAGGCAUUAAAAAUGGAUAUAAAUGGUUGCUAGAUACGAUAGUAAAGAACUACGCAAUUUUAAACAGUAAAAUAAAGAGCCACGCCAUACACGAUACUCGGAGCGAGAGAAAUACCAAAGUACGAAGUAUAGCGGUAGAUUCACCGUCGAGGCUGUCGAUUCAUUCGAAUCCUUUUAAGCCGAUCAAAGAAUUAAUUUCGCAAAAGGAAAAUACUCAAGAAGCCAGCGUUUCACAAAAUGGCAUAGUGACGAACGGUAAGAAGUUGAAAAAGAUUUUCGUACAUACGAAUAAAACUGGCCCACUUCCUACCGAAGAUUCGAUCAUUGAAAUUAUGCCGGAGAACGUUAAAUUCACUAAGAAAAAUAGUCUUCAAACUCUUCCAUCGAUACUAAACCCAGCGACGCUGGAUACAUCUUCGGAGCCGAUUAGAUUAAAAACGAACCGUCCAUGCACAGCUCCGGGACGUACGCAUUGUAUAAAUAAGAUAGCAGUAACGAGCAUUCCAGGACAAGUGAACCAGAAAUGAUUUUAAUUAUAUUAAGAUAACGAUAAGGGACCAUUAUACAUGUAAACAAACAUGAACGUGCAAUGUAUUUAAUUGUAUCGAGAUAUUUUAACAACGAACGUUUUCAUUUUA